AUGGACACAUUCUGUUGUCAGGUAUCCAGUGCACCCGUGUCUACCAAUUCCCUGAAGAAAAUAUUUCCGAAGGUGUUCAGUGAAGAACUUGGUUUAUGCCAUAAGAUUAAAGUGAAGUUGAACCUAAAAGAACAGUGUAACCCAGUUUUCUGUCCGAAACGCCCAGUGGCGUAUGCCAUGCAGGAUGCUGUGAAUCAAGAGCUCGAUCCUCUAGAGAAUGUAAAUAUCAUUUCACCGGUAGAUUAUUCGGAGUGGGCCGCUCCGAUAGUUGUGGUACGCAAGGCUAAUGGUUCGAUCCGGAUCUGCGGAGACUAUUCGACGGGUCUAAAUGCCGCCUUACAGCCUCAUCAAUACCCGCUUCCCCGUCCGGAGGACAUUUUCGCAAAGCUCGCAAACUGUAAAGUAUUCAGCCAGAUUGAUCUCUCCGACGCAUUCCUGAAAGUAGAAGUUGAUGAAGCAAGUCGUGGUAUGCUAACAAUAAAUACGCAUCGUGGGUUGUUUCAAUACAAUCGCCUUCCACCGGGCGUGAAGAUUGCUCCAGGAGCAUUUCAACAAUUGAUCGAUACUAUGCUCGCCGGUCUCGAGGGGACGUCCGGUUAUAUGGACGACGUCGUAGUCGGUGGAAAAAGCGAUCAGGAGCAUGAUUCUAAUCUGAAAGCAGUUCUACAGCGCAUCGAAGACUUUGGGUUCACGAUUCGAUCGGAGAAAUGUUCAUUCCGCAAACGUCAGAUCUAG